AUGUUCUCAUCAAACCGCACACGUCACCAGGAAGGCAGCUUUUCGAAACAUCGCGCAACCAAGUCUAAAUCACACAAGAAGAACCCCUCGUUCAGGGAUUCGCCGAGGAGAGUAGAGAGGCUAGCACAACAUGCCCAGGCAUCAUCACCACAAUCGAAUCAAACAUCGCCGUCGCUAGGCAGUGCCAUCAUCACCAUAUCCGUCGGCCGCGAACAGCGACUCUUCGCAGCGCACGAAGAUGUCCUAUCUCACUCUCCUUGGUUUCAAACCCUCUGUAGCGGCCAGUUCUUUCAGACUACCAACAAGCGCAUCGACCUACCUGACGAAGAACCCGAAGUCUUCUCAUCGAUUCUUGAGUAUCUCUACAAGGGCGACUACUACCCGCGCAUGGAGUACGACAAGAAACGAAACAGCUGGAAUCUUGAAGACGGCGGCAACACCAACAAUACACAUGAAGCUGUCGUCCAGUCCUCGGUCGGACCGAUACUGAAAGAUACCGUCAUUUACUGUCAAGCUGACAAGUACGGGUUACAAGAACUAAAAAAGCUUGCGUUGAAGAAGCAAGGUCUCCAGUCAGGCAUUCAGUGCUCGACUAUUCUGACAUCUGCCCGUUAUGCCUACGCCAACACUCCUGACAACGAUUCGAAGCUCCGUGCACACUACCUCGCGCUCAUCAUCCGAGCCAGACACACCUUCAAGCGCAGCGGCACUAUGCAGAAUGAGAUGGAGAACGGCGGCAAGCUCUUCUUCGACUUGUUCGUUGCCAUGGUUAACCACAUGGACGACCUGUCAUCACCUUCAAUCCGCUGA